GUCUGCGAGCGUAUAAGAGAGAGUAGAGAUCGUGGUCUCCCCGAUUUACUGCUCGCCUGCUUCCCGAUCAUGGCUUCGGAUAAGGGCCAACCACUACCCAAGUUCGGAGAGUGGGAUGUGAACAAUCCUGCCUCAGCAGAAGGUUUCACUGUCAUAUUCAACAAAGCCCGAGAUGAAAAGAAAACAGGUAGCAACUCCGGAGCGACACCAACUAGAAAUGAUGGAGGUGAUUUGCAACAUGAUGAUGCCUAUCAGUAUCAACCGAAAAGCCGCAAGUGGUUGUGCUGUGGUUGAUUUUUGUUGAGCUGGUUUGCUGUAGUGAUCUUAGUUUGAGGUUGCAAGGGAAAACAGAGUUUGUUUAGCGGAUAUAUCUGACUGAAAUUAUUAUACCCCAAUGCUCCGUAUGUAUUCUACUAUAUAUUCAGCCGAGAAAAACGUAUACUUGGGUGGAAGUGGUUUACUUUUUUAUUCUGUAUUUUUAAACUUAUUAUUCUCAGUUUUCCGUGUAGUUACACCAUUUCACGAGAAAUGUGCAUAAAAUAUCAAUUUUUAUGAUUGUGUAAAAA